AUGUUCGAGUCACUCGUGGCUACGCUUUUGAACCGGUUUCUCGGAUCCUAUAUCGAGAAUUUCGAUUCAAAACAGCUCAAUAUUGGUAUUUGGGGCGGCGAUGUCUGUCUCAAGAAUCUCAGACUAAAGAAGGAGUCCUUAGACAAGUUCAAAUUGCCACUUGAUGUCAAAUUUGGUCACUUGGGUGAGUUGACAUUGCAAAUUCCUUGGUCUAACUUGAAAGGAAAGCCUGUUAAAGUUAUCAUUGAAGACGUCUACCUUUUGGCUUCUCCUAUUAUUCUUACUGAAUAUGAUCCCGAGGAAGAUUUCCAAAGAGAGCAGAAAUUGAAGCAAGAAAAGCUUAAGGACUUGGAGGCCAUCCAGAGUGCCAUUGCAUCGAACCAGCUGAUGUCGCUGGAUGUGAAUAACGAAUCAUUCACGGAGAGCUUGGUCACCAAGAUCGUGGAUAACUUGCAAGUCACAAUCAAGAAUAUCCACAUCCGCUACGAAGACGACUCGGUGCUUACUGAUAGUCCAUACUCGCUUGGUUUGACAUUGGGUGAAUUGUCUGCCGCCUCCACGGAUGAGAAUUGGGAACCCAGUUUUAUUUCCAUCACAAGAAACCUUACGAGAAAGUUGCUUCUCUUGAAAAAAUUUGCUUGUUACAUGAAUACCGAAUCUGGCACCAUUUUUAACGAGGACCCCGAUAUUCUCUUACGAGAGUUGAAACAAUAUUUCUCUGCUCCUCCUCAAGAUUACCAGUUCCUAUUAAAACCUGUUUCUGGACAGGGCCAUCUCUCAGUGCAUAAGGAUGGAGCAACCCUGUCGCACCCACAUAUCCGAGCAGAAUUGUUUUUCGAGGAAUUUGGCAUUGAUUUUGACAGUUCCCAGUAUAGAGACAUCUUAUGGACUGCCCUGAAGUUCCACUGGUACCAAAAGACUUGGAAGUUCCGCAAGCUUCGUCCUAAAACAACCGUCGAGGAGAAUCCUCGUGAAUGGUUCCAAUAUGCGGCAAAAUCGGUUCUCGAUGAAAUUCAUGAUAAGAACUAUAAAUGGAGCUGGGAGUUUUUCAAGAAAAGACGAGACCAGCGAAAAAAGUACAUCGAGUUGUGGAAGAAAAAGUUGCUUAAAAGACAGCUCAGUCCAGAUGAGGAUGCUGAAUUCGCUUCUCUUGAAGAGCAACUCUCCUACGAAGAUAUUAAGUUCUACCGUUCAUUAACAAGAAGUGAAGUCCGCAAACAGAAUUUGGUGGCUCCAAAAUCAGAACAGCAGCAGGCUUCUGGUGGGGGCUGGUUCUCUUGGUGGGGUGGUGGUAAGAAGCAAGAUGAUACUAUUGCUAGAGCGCCCACAGAUGAGGGAGGGCUCGAUUUGACUUUGACUGAUGAGCAGAGGAAGACUCUUUACGAGACAAUCGACUAUGACGAGAAUCAAGAACUCAACUCCGUCGAUAUUCCCAAAGACCGCAAUACCAUGGAGGUAUUCAUCACUUUGGAAAAGGCUGGUAUCUCGCUUAAACCUGUCAAAAACGGACCUAGUCUUGCCGAGGUCGCUGUGGAGGGAUGUACUACACAAUUCUACCAAAGACCCGACUCUUUCUUGGCUAACUUUCAGAUGAAAGAACUCAAGGUCGAAGAUGGUACUGAAAAGACACUCUACAAGCACAUUGUAAGUGUAAAACAUGUCCAUUCGCAUUUGCAUUCAGAGAGCUCUUCAGAAUCAUCGUCUUCCAAUGAUGAGCCCUUUUUCCAAAUUUCGUUUGAGAAUAAUCCAUUGGAUGGCAGUGCGGACUCAGUAUUGUUGGCCAAAUUGAAGUCCAUGACCAUCUUUUAUAACUGCUACUUCAUUGAGGAGAUUAUUAAGUUCUUUACACCACCCAAGAUUCAUCUUGAUACUGUUGGUGCCAUAAUGAAUGCUGCUGAGGCAACUGUUGAAGGCUUCACUUCCCAAACAAGACUCGGUCUUCAGUACGCUUUAGAGGAGCAUAAGACAAUUAAUGUCAAGCUUGAUUUGCAGGCUCCCUUAGUUAUCUUGCCUCGUGACCCUACAAGUUGGAAAUCCCCGGUGGCUAUUCUUGAUGCUGGGCACAUAAGUGUAACGAGUGACUUAGUGGACAAAAAGACAUUCGAAGAGAUCAAGGCAAAAGAAAGCUACAGCGAAGCUGACUGGAAUAAGUUGAACACCCUCAUGUACGACAGAUUCAAUCUUCAUCUUCAAGAUGCCCAAUUCUUGGUGGGCCCAACUAUCAAAAAGACCAUGGAACAGCUUCACACCGAAAACGUCAAACAGUCUGCGGUUGUUGUUGACAACCUUGACAUCAAGCUUUCAUUGGGAAUCUCAAUUUUGCCUGAUGCUGCUAACUUGGCGAGAUUCAAGGUAGGAGGUGAGAUUCCUGGCAUUAAUGUCUCUCUUAAUGAUUUCCAGUAUAAAACUAUUAUGGAACUCGUCGAUGUGUUGAUUCCAGAUACAGAUGUACCAGAUGGCGAUAGUGAGAACGUAUUUGAAUCCUUUGGGCACAAUGUCGGCGCCAAAGAGAUCUCAGACGUGGAUUCCGAUUCCGAAAAGAGCUUGACGGCUGGCCAGAUUGCUCAGCACAUGUUCGAGAUGGACUUCAAAGUUGGCCAGAUCCAAGUGUCGAUUUCUCGUUGUCUUGAUGCGAUCACUCUAGAGGCAGAACACAUGAUAGACUUGGUUGGUGAUUCGCUUAACUUUUUCUUUUACAAGACUACAACAGACAUCCACGUCGAUUUAUCAUUGACAGAUAUCAAUGUAAUUGACCACAUUGAAUCGUCUGGAGUGAAGGAAUUCGAAAAGUUGGUCACUUCGAAUUACUUCACGGAGGAGGAUGAAAUUGAGAGAAGACAUGCCGAAUUGUUCAAGGUUGACUAUUCAAGAGUCCAGCGUAUUGUUGAUUUCCGUGGAAAGGAGAUUGAGGUGUUCGACCAGGAUAUCAAAGUGGACAUGUCUGCUGUCAAGUUUGUUGUUUCAAGAAAGUCCUAUUUGAUUAUCUUGAACUUUUUACUAAACACGUUCACUGACCCAACUCCAGAUGCUACCGAGGCUGACCAGCUCAACCAUAAUGAUUCUGAAAACGAUGAUUCGCCACAAAAGAUCAAUGUGGAUGUCAAUUUGGAUAGUAUCAUCGUGGUGUUGAACGAAGACGGAGUAAAAUUGGCCACAGUGCAACUUAGUACUGCUGAUGUCAAUGUAUUCAUACUUCCUGAAGAAUUGGAAGUAAGUGGUAAGCUUGGAGCGUUGACAUUGCAUGAUGAAUCCAAUCAAGGUUCCCCGAGGAACUCUAUUUUUAGAAGUUUGAUCAGCAUUGAAGGUGACAAUUUGGCUACUUUCAACUACAAAACCUAUGACGCUGAAAAGAACUUAGAACCGUAUCUGAGUUCUGUACAGUUCAACUCUGCAGCCAUCAAGAUCAAUUUCGUGGAGGAUGCAUUCGGUAAGAUUUUUGCUUAUUUGAGCAAGUUCCUGAAGAUGAAGGCUAUUUAUGAUAGUGCUCGUGAAGCGGCAAUCAACCAAGCGAAUCAAAUUGAUAACGCUAGCUCGAUCAAAUUGGAUUUCUUGGUGCAUGCACCGAAGAUUUACUUCCCAAAACUUGUUGAUCCGGAACAUGACACAUGUGACAUGUUAAUUGCAGAAUUAGGAGAGUUGUACCUCAAUAACAAGUUCGAAACUAUCGAUGAAAUUCAGCAUAACUUCAUGUCUGCUGGAAUUAGGAACGUCAAUCUUUUCACCAAGUUCCACUUCGACGAGAAGGUGGAACAAGUAGGGCAAAUUUUGGACGAUUUGGAUAUCUCAUUUUUGAUUGACUACGUUGAAAAUUAUGUUCCGGAGUUACCAACAUUCUCCGUAACAGGAAAAUUACCUGAAAUUGAUAUGAAACUCACGGAGUUGCAAUUGAGAUACAUGUAUAACUUGCAGAAUUCAUUGACUCAGGUGUUUGAGAUACCUGACGACGACGAAUCUCUUGAUGAAGUUGCCGAGGAUGCAGAGAAUGCCAAUGCUGUGAUGAAGUACCACACUGAUGCUAAACAAUCGAAGAACGUGUCAACACUGUCUCUGGCCAAGCAUAGCGUUGACCACGAAACUGGAGAAGCUGCAACAUUGGUCGAUAGCCAUCCUAAGCAUAAACAAGUUACAUUAGUGCUCGACAUUCCAAGAAUCUCUUUGACACUUUUCAAUAGAACAAAAGGAGUCGCAACGUACGAUGAUAACAAGUUGACCCUUUUGGCGAUUAAUGACUUCCAUAUCGCGUUUGAUAUGACAGAGGAUACACAUUUUGUCUCUGAUUUGACACUCGACUCCUUGAAAAUCAAGGAUGUGAGAGAGGGAACAUCAAACAAGUUCCAGGAGAUCAUUCCACCACUUCAAGAAAAUAAGAAGCAAUUAAUUGUCAAUGCUUCCACAAACGGAGAUGGAAACAGCAGAAGCACAACGGUCAUGGUUACUGUCGAGAGCCCCAAGACAAUCCUCGCCCUUGACCAUAUUUUCGAAUUGCAAUCAUUUGCUGCGAAAGGUACAGAGCUUGACACUCCAAUCUAUGUGGGCUCAGACGAUGAAGAAUCGGAUGAUGAUGAGGACGGACAUUCUCAGAUUAAGCCAUAUACAAACAUUGAUGAUGCCACCGAUACCUCUCCUUCGAAGGUUGGAUUCUCAGUUACAGUUGUGGAUCCUUCUGUUAUCCUACUUGCAGAUUCGACACGCCAAGAUACUGAAGCUAUCGUGUUCAAGAUUGAGCAUGUCUUAAUUACUAGUCAAAAUAUCAUAUCACUUGCAGCCAAUAAGAUUGGUAUGUUUGUUGUGAAAAUGGACAAUUUUGAUGAUCAGAGAUUAAGAAUUAUUGAUGAUUUCUCUGUUUCCUUUGCUUUCGAUGAUAGGGGAUCUAACCCUAACACCUUAUUGACGAACAUUCAACUCUCAGUGGACCCACUUUUGGUCAGAAUUUCUUUGCGUGAUAUCAGACUUGCCACACAAAUUGCGGAAAGAGCGAAUAGUUUCUAUGCCAAGGCUCAACAAGGUGAUACAGUGCACGAUGAGAAUGCCGACUACAAUAUUUCAGAGGACUUCAAAAGCAGAUUGUCUAGAUACGCUCCUAGUAUCAUUUCCAAGUUUUCUUACCAAUCUGCUAAGCAUGAGAAGCACGCUCUCACUCCGGACGUAAUUGUGAAAGGAGAGGAGUUCAAUGGAAACAUAGGUGGUGCGAGAUUAGUAUUAAUCGGAGAUGUCCACGAAUUACCUGUGAUUGAUAUGAAUGUCAAACCUUUUGAGGUGAAGGUUUUGAACUGGUCCACUGAGCUUAGCGCAGAAACUCAUAUUGAAUCGGCUGUCAAUAUCUACAACUAUGCUAAAUCUACUUGGGAACCACUCUUAGAGCCUUGGCCUAUUGCUGUGUAUGCUUCCAAGGUUUUGGAUCCUAAAUCUAGCAUCAUAAUCGAUGUUGUUUCAAGAGAAAUGGCCCAGCUUAGUGUCUCGUCUAGAUCGAUCGCAUUGCUUUCGCAAAUUUCUUCAUCUAUGACUGUGGACGAGCUUUCCAAGCCUAGAGAGGAGGUUACUCCAUAUGUGAUUAAGAACGACACAGGUUUUGACGUUGAGGUUUGGAUUGAUCGCCAUGAUGGUCUGAAAGACCAAUGUACCAAAAUUCCCUACAGUAAUUCACAGAAUUGGGCAUUCGAGGAUUGGAGGAAGAUUCGUGAGAAUUUGGAUACGGAUAACAAUGCUGAUAUUUUGGGAGUGAAGCUUUUGGGUACUGAAUUUGAGGAGAUUCUCGACAUUUCAGCUAGUGGAGAAGGAGAGGAUGUCUUCACAUUGUAUCCACCGGUGGACGGAGUCCACAGUAGGCUCGUCUGUGAAAUUACCUUGGGAAGUGAUAAUGUCAAGACAAUCUUGCUCAGAUCCACAGUCACAGUUCAAAAUGACUCCGAAACUUGCAUCUCGUUGAAGAUGGUUCACUCUGAUGCUUCCAAGGAAGUCGAGCUCCUUAUUGAACCAGAUGAACGAAAGUCAUUACCAAUUGGAAAUGUUUAUGAUGGCAGAAUGAAAAUUAAACCAUAUAUGGAAACUCAAUUCAAUUGGUCCUUGGAAUCCAUGGAAUGGAAGGAUUUGAUGCUUGGAGGGACACCACUCUCAUGCUCCUCAGUGGGAACGAGAGAGACUUCGUAUUACUAUUUCCAAGCAGAAGCUAAAUACGACAAGGAUGAACCGUUGACCAGUAUUUAUCCUCACAUGACAGUCGUGGUGUCUGCCCCACUCGAAAUCGAGAAUUUGUUACCUUUUGACAUCAAUUUCCGUUUGUACGACAAGACGACCAAAAGGGACUGGAGUGGUAGUGUUUCUAAGGGCCUUAGUACAUUCGUACAUGUCAUUACUUUGAAAAGUCUUCUUCUUUUGAGUGUGCAACCACAAGGAUGCGGAUUUGGCAAGUCAGAAUUUGCAAUUAUCAAUACCGUCAAAGGUAGCGAGUUUAAGCAAGAGCGCUACAUGACUAUCAAGAAUGACGAUGGGCAGACUGUGAGAUUGAAAAUGCAUUAUCCAAAGAAUCACAACUCGAGAACGAACUUGAGGGUUGUCAUUUACUCACCUUACGUUGUACUCAACAGAACUCGACAAAAUCUCUUCGUUACAGAGAGAGGAAGAUCAUACAAUUUUACCCCCAUGGGCUCCAAAGCUGAUGAGGCAAACAUCCCUCAUUUAUUCUCAUUCGAAAAGGACAAGGACAACCUGAACAGAGUUUUGGCCAGGUUGGGAGACUCAGAUUGGUCAGAUCCAUUGAGUUUUGAUGCCAUUGGUCAAAAUAUUGGCGUGAAAGCCCCUGUUAAAGGAACACAAUUGGGAAUGAAUUUUGGAGUUACUGUUGCGGAAGGUGAAGGAAAGUAUCAACUUUCCAAGGUGAUUACCUUUGCUCCUAGGUAUGUUUUGCGCAACGCUUUGAAGGAGCCAAUUAUGAUUGUGGAGAAUGGCUCUACAAAGCAAUUUGAGCUUGCUCCCGACGACUUAACACCGUUGUAUAACUUGCGCCGGAACAAUGCUACUACUAUGUUGUUGAAAUUUGCUCAUCAUGGAAAGGCGUGGUCGUCACCUUUUGGUAUCGACGAAAUCGGACAAGUGUUUUUGAAAGUUCAAAAGGAAGGGUUCGGUCAAGUUCUUCUCAAAGUGAACAUUAUUACUGAAAAUGCAACUGUGUUUAUCCAUGUGGAAAAUGCCAACAAUAAUUGGCCCUUCUCGAUCAGGAACUUUAGUGAUUCCGAAUUCUUUGUCUAUCAGAGCAACCCGAACGUGGAUCUGAACGGAGAAGUUGUCAAGAAUGAUGUCGAUUACAAACCGAUUUAUUAUAAGGUUCCUCCUCGCAGUGUUAUGCCUUAUGCUUACGAUUAUCCAAAUGCAGUGGUAAAAGAUUUGGUCAUUCGGUCUCAUGGAAGAGAAAGAGCUGUUAACUUGGCUGAAAUCGGUAAUUUGAAACCUUUUAGGUUACCUCCCACAGACACUGAAGAUCAGGUCAUUGUUGAUCUCAAUGUGGUCGCGGACGGACCAACUCAGUCACUUGUGAUUUCAAAGUAUGAUCCAUCUGUCAGUUUAUACAAGAUCCAAGAAGGAUCUUCGUCGAACAGGAACUUGGCAAAUCAGCAGUUUGAGGUCGAUGAAAAGGACGAAAAUUAUCACACCAAGAUUCUUACUCGAUUUGAAGGAUUCGGAAUCUCGAUCAUCAACACUCGGAAACAAGAGUUAUGCUACAUCACUUUGCGUGGAGUAGAAAUCAGAUAUAAUGAGUCUGAUUUAUAUCAAAACUUAAGUCUAAAAUUGAAGUGGAUCCAAGUGGACAAUCAGCUUUACGGUGGAAUUUUCCCUAUUAUCAUUUAUCCUACUGUUGUGCCUAAAUCUGGUAAAGAAAUGAACAAUCAUCCAUCUUUUAGCGCUUCGGUUUGCAAAGUGAAGGACGAUUCACAUGGAGUAUUGUUUAUCAAGUACGCUACAGUGUUACUUCAAGAAAUGUCUUUAGAAAUUGAUGAAGAUUUCUUGUUUGCCUUAUUGGACUUCUCCAAGAUCCCAGGUGCAAGUUGGAAUGUUGAAGUUGUUGAUAAGCUUUGCGAUAACAAUCUUGAAAUUCCAGAACCUAAGAAGCUAUCUGAGGCAAGCGAUAUAUAUUUCGAGGCAUUGCACUUGCAACCAACAUUGACCAACUUGUCCUUUGUGAGAACAGAAAGAGUGAAUGCCGAAGACAGAACGUCUUCCCAGAACACUUUGAUGUUCUUCGUCAACAUGCUAACGAUGGCUAUAGGAAACAUCAACGAUGCUCCAAUCAAAUUGAAUGCUUUGCUUAUUGAAAAUGUCAGAGUUCCUUUGCCAAUCUUGGUGGAGUCUAUUUCCACACACUAUGGUCAAUCGUUCUUCUACCAGAUCCACAAGAUCCUCGGUUCCGCAGACUUCCUUGGUAACCCAGUAGGUUUGUUCAACAACUUGUCUUCUGGAGUUCUUGACAUAUUCUAUGAGCCAUACCAUGGAUUUGUCAUCAAUGAUCGCCCACAAGAAUUGGGUAUCGGAAUUGCAAAAGGUGGGCUCAGCUUCGUCAAGAAAUCCGUCUUUGGCUUUUCCGAUUCGUUUGCCAAGGUUACUGGCUCUAUUGCUAAGGGUCUCACUGUUGCCACUAUGGAUAGCAAAUUCCAGGAGCGCAGAAGAUUGAAUCAACGUCGGAACAAACCUAAGCAUGCACUUUAUGGAGUUGCUUCUGGAGCUAAUUCAUUCUUCGAGUCUGUUUCCUCUGGUUUCACUGGAAUUGCACAAGCUCCUAUCGAAGGAGCAGCUAAGGAUGGCGCAGGUGGCUUCUUUAAAGGUUUGGGUAAAGGACUUAUUGGAUUACCUACCAAAACUGCAAUUGGUGUCUUCGACUUAGCUUCGAAUGUCAGUGAGGGAAUCCGUAAUACUACCACGGUUCUUGAUGCAGAGGGAUUGGACAAGGUGAGAUUACCGCGUUACAUAUCCUAUGAUGGCGUUAUUAGACCAUAUUCUCAGAGAGAAGCUCAAGGUCAGUAUUGGCUCAAGUCCAUUGAUGGAGGAAGCUAUUUCAACGAAACUUAUUUGGCUCACUUGGUGUUACCUGGCGAAGAAAAAGCUAUAUUGGUGACGUUCCACAAAAUCAUUCUCUUCUCCAUUAACACCUUAAAGGUAGUGUGGAUUAUUUCCUUCGAUGAGGUUGCCACUGUAUCAUUAGAGUCAACAGGAAUCACUGUGAUGUUGAAGAAGAAUAGAGAUGGACCGUUCAUUCCAAUUCCCGAGAAACGGAGCCGUCUUUUCCUUUAUAGCCGGUUGAAGGUUGCUGUGGACAAGUUUAACAAACACUGCAAGGUUAUUUUAUAA